AUGCUUGCUGAGCUGUAUAUCGAAUGGACGCUGGUUGAAGCCCAGACUCGAGAACAAGCUGAAUUCCGUCAAGGGUUCGGCUGCUUGGACCACAUCCAGACCGUGUCGAGCAUCAUAGAGGUUUGCUGGGAAUUCCGUCAGCUCCUUAUUCUAACCUUCGUCGACUAUGAGAAAGCCUUUGACGAAUACGAGCGUAGAAACGAAUCCAAUAUUGUCAGCGCUGGUCGAUCAAUGUCUGGAUGCGUCGAACGAUACGAAGCAGAGAAGAGAAUAGGACUGCGAAUGAACAGAAAGAAGAAACUGUUCAUGAAGAACGCCUACUGCGAGGACGGAGGAGUACAACUUGAAGGCUCCCAAAUCGUGGAAACUUCGUCAUACGUAUACCUCGGACGUUCUACGAACAUGGAAAACGACUUGGAGGAAGAACUGAAUAGAAGAAUGAGAGCAGCAUGGGCAGCAUUCGCAGCCGUCAGGGAAGCUACGUACCAACUGACGGACCAAGGUCUUCGUGCCCAUCUGUUCGACUCGACAGUCCUUCCAGCGCUUUGUUACGCAGCGAAGACGUGGGCAGACACCGCUGCCACGUCUAGGAAACUAUUUACUAGCCACAGAGACCCCCUUGAGAGAUGUAUUCUGAAGUUUAACCAGCGCACACAACACCUAGUCGGUCUUCGCAGCUCCGACUUAAGAGGAAUGUCCUGUCUUCGCGUCCCAGCGGAAUAUGUAUCGAAAGCAAAAAAGGGGAAUCUGAUCGUUGGAAGGCGUAGAUUUGGAUCUCCUGAGGUUGUCGAGAUGACUGAUGCCUUCGCUACACAGUUGGACCAGCUGAACACAGCUGAAUACGGCUCAAGGACAUCACUCACAAAAUUUGAGAACGUCUUGGAUGGCAAAGGCGAGAGAACAAAACGAGUGGAACAGAUGCUGGAACCGGCACGUCCAAUGAAGGCGAGGCAUCUAAGUAAGCAUAUUUACUUCAUUAUUUGA